CAAUCGAAAUGUCGUUCUUUGGACGGAAAAUGGGCGGCAGCGGGGGCGGCGGGGGUUCCGAACACACCGGUCAUAACUUGCAAGACGGCCUCUUUCAAAUCGCAUCGCAGGCCUGUCACAUUCUCGUGCAAGUGAACAAUACGCACAACGUUUCUUAUGGAGGUAGCAAUAAUGUGAAUAACAUCGCAUAUUCGAAAUAUUCCACGACCGGCAGCACCACCGUUCCAACAACAUCGUCCUCGUCGACGAAAGGAGCGACUGCUGCCAAAGCGUAUCCGAAAUACGCAGAGCCUCGAAACAAAGAUCAGGAUGUGGUAGUGUUGUUGCCGCAUCGUAAGAACAGAGCACCACGACUUAAGCACAAAUUAUCGACUGUAUCCGAAAACGCACGGCUGGACGUGAAUUCUCCGGGAGGUGACGACGACCUAGAGUUAUGGGACCAGACCGGAUUUAUGUUGCGGACUGACGUGGACGAUCCUCUCACGAAUGCAAAGUGGGGCGCGCAGGGUUGGUGCAGACCCAGUUGCAUUCCAAUAACGAUCAUAUUGAUUUUAAUCGUUCUGGUCGUACUGUUGCCACUGUUGGACCAUGCGGCGGACAAACACUCGUUAAAUGCCACCGUGUUAGAUUUGGAAUCAACGUGCAUGGAUCAUUGCAAUUUAUCCCUGGUGGAAAGUAUACCUGUAGGUUUGAAUUAUAGCAAUAACACAGUGCAGCACGUGUCAACCUACAAUUCUUGGAUGGAUCUCAUCGAAAUGGCGCAGGACACGAUUGAAAUUGCAUCGCUUUAUUGGACAAUGACAAGGAAAGAUGUAUUUCCCGAUGACAGUGCUAAGAUGGGAGAACAAGUGUUCGAGUCAUUGUUAGAAGCCGGAAGAGAUAGACAAAUCAUGCUAAAAAUUGCACAGAAUCUUCCUUCCCGCUUAUCUCCAAAUGUCGAUACGCAAAUUUUGGCCAAAAAAGCUAACGCACAGGUGAGGAACUUAAAUUUUGCUGGAUUAUUGGGCAGCGGUGUACUUCACACGAAAUUAUGGCUUAUCGAUCGUACUCAUGUAUACGUUGGUUCAGCAAAUAUGGAUUGGAGAUCUCUUUCACAAGUGAAAGAACUCGGUUUGAUAGCCUUGAAUUGUUCCUGUUUAGCGAAAGAUUACGCUAAAAUAUUCGAUGUAUAUUGGAAGUUAAGUGAAGAUGGUAAAGUGCCUUCCACAUGGCCAGAUUCCUUUAGCACAAAAAUAAAUAUUGAUAAUCCUAUGAAUUUUACAUAUAUGGAUAAUAAGUACAAAUUAUUUAUCGCGAGUUCACCUCCGCCAUUUUCACCAAAAGGUAGAAGUAGCGAUCUAGAUGCGAUUGUGCACUGUAUUGCUAAAGCAGAAAAAUUUAUUUAUAUCUCUGUGAUGGAUUAUUUCCCGUUAACGAUAUAUACUCCACAAAUAAAGUACUGGCCUAUAAUAGAUAAUGCUUUAAGGGCGGCCGCGAUCGAGCGAAAAGUAGAAUUGCGUCUUUUGAUCUCUUGGUGGAAAUACUCGAGACCGUCCGAAUCAUAUUUUCUUAAAUCACUGCAAGACUUGACACAUAGUUACCCCAACGUAAAAAUCGAAGUGAGGAGGUUUAUCGUACCCACUGAUCCGCACUUGAAUAAAAUACCGUACGCAAGAGUAAACCACAAUAAAUACAUGGUCACCGAUGUAGCAGCAUAUAUCGGAACGAGUAAUUGGUCGGGUGAUUAUUUCAUUGACACAGCUGGUAUUGGUACCGUAUUUGAAAGCGUUGGACAUCAAAAUAACGGCAACAUAAGACAACAGCUGGAAAAUAUCUUCCAUCGUGAUUGGUAUUCCAAUUAUUCUUUUCCGCUCAAUAUAAACGAGACUCGUUCUGAAAAUUUGUGGGAUUUAUCGAGAAGUUCGUAUCAACAUUCAUCGUAUGAACCUUAUAUACAUGUAUAA